AUUGAACGCCAUGCGGAACAGCAAUUGGUUCCGACCUGGAGAGCAUUGAGCCCACGGUCUGUAUAGGACGUAGUUAGUAGUGACGAACACUCCGGGCCGAAGGAUUCCGGCGAGAAAGGAUUGACGACGUUGCUGUAUCGCGCGGAAGCAGGAUGCACUGGCAGGCGAUCCCUUUGACGGUGGUCACGGUGUGCGCGUUGUUCGCGUUCACAAAACACGAGGGUCUGGUGAACGUGUUCGGGUCGAGUCUGGUCCGCGAGAUACGCUACACCAAGUUCAACAUGAACUUCGUGAACUCGUCGGUAGGCACCACCCACUCCGGGAUCCGUUCGGUGCGCAACAAGCACAUGUUGUACAUUCAGUUUAACACCAACCGGACGUUUACCAAAGUUCACAUGAAAGUCAGCAUUUCCAAGUGCAAAGAAUAUUAUAUCGAUUGCGAAAACGUCAUAUUGUUCAACAUUACAAACUUCUGCCCGAACUUUGACUCGAUCAAGUAUUACGUGAAGACCGAAGGCGAAUUUAAAAUUACAGAUCUAUGUCCGAUUCACGGUGAAAAGUCUUUCACUAAUUUCACGAUCAAUGCUGACUACUUCGGAGCCAUGUUCAGUUUUCCGACGGAAAAAUGGUGGGAACUUUAUUGGAGAACAUGGAUAAAAUUAUACGAUCAAAAAAAUUCAGAAUUUCUUAAAGCCACGUGUGAUUUUUAUUUUGUACAGUUUCGAAGUCAUCAUCACUAAAACUUUUGAUAUUAUAUAAUUUGAUUUCGAUAUACGAUAACGAGGCACAAUAUAUAUAUAUAUAUAUAUAUAUAUAUAUAAUUGAACGUUUAGGAUGAUCACUACUCACACGAAUCGCCAAAAAGUAUUAAAUAUUCAAUCUUAAUCUUAAAUAUUUAUCUACUGAAAUUCAUGCGGGUUCAUAUUGUGAUUACUUUUGAAUUAUCAUUAUUACCAUUAUUAUUCGUUAUGCAUUUUUUCUCGAAGUUUCGAAAAGCUCUUCGGAUUUUAUGUUCAACGCGCGUUCGAUGAGAUUCACUAAAGCAUUGUCGUUGUACCGAAUUCAAACCGUACCACCCAAGAAUCGAAAAGUACGGCUUUAAAGUUUCGUUCGUUUUCAGAUAACUACGGUUGGAGUUUACAUGACAUUAACCGGUAUAUUUGCAGUGAUCUUAUCGGUCAAAACACCACGUAAAUAUAUAUAUCGGAAAUACAUCAUAUAAUAUAUUGUAGGUACCUAGUCGUGAUUUACACAAUCGUUUUGGUCGUAUAGAUACUAAAAUUCGUUUAAAUCUAUCACUUUUUGGGGAAAAAAAAAAAUUACAAAAAACCGUACCUGAUUGAGAAUCGAACUGAGCACCUUGAAUAUCGGAGAAAAACAGUUAAUCGAUCGCAGUAAAACUCGAAAACAUACGUUUGGAUAACCGAAAAAGAAGACGUGUUUCCUAUUCUAACCUAAGCAGCUUGACCGCCGUCCAUGUACUCUUACCCGUUGGACACUUCUAUGCGUUAUUUUGGCUAUGGGUUUAUAUAGUACAGGCACGUCUUCUACUUAACAGUACGCCCGACCCGGCUAUCGGACGUACAGGUACUUUACAAUUUUUUACUAGUAUUUAAACUGUAUUAUUGAUUUCCCAUAGUUGCACACAUGAGCAUGACGACUACGUCCGCUUUAGUGAAUCUUACCGAACGCGCGUGGAAAAUAAAAUCCGAGGAGUCCUUUGGCACCUCGAGGAAAAAUUCAUAUCAAAUAGUGAUAACUCAAAAAGAAUCCCAGUAUGACCGUGCAAGAAAUGCAGUAGAUUGUACUGAAUAUUCAAUACGUUUUGGUGAUCUGUAGAAUUUCUAAUAUAGUUUUUAUUAAUCGUCGAUACAAAAGUACGCGGUUUGACCAGUAUACGUAAAUGUAUUCCAUAUAUAGAAGUAUGUAAGUAUGUUAGUGUAUUCCGAGUAGAUUUUUACAGGGACAUAAAAUAUUUGUCCCGGUGGCACUAAAUAAUAAAAAUUAUCUGCACUUUCUAUGCUCAUA